AACAACACACACUCACACACACACACACACGCACGCAGACCCGAGCAUGCGGAUGUACGGACCAACCUACACAGACACAAAGUGCAAACUACUUCGACGACCAGAGUGGAAAGUGCUACAGGCUUGAACAUUCCACUGAUUCGUCAUGUAACCACCCCUCAUCCCUCCCGACAAAACCGAUUCUUGCUUUGUAUUCAGCAGCACGCGUGGGUAGAACUAUCACCAGCCUCGUUCUGAUUAUGGACAACAUUGACGACACCCGUUCUAAAUCUGAAGCCUCAACCCGUUCAUAUUAUAAUUAUAUUCUCUGACCACACCCGUACAACGGUCAAUAUUACUACGCAUAUCCUGGUUUGGGCAAAAGCCGACCAAGUCUUGCUGAAAGAAAGCAUUAUUAUUUUGUUCUCGACAAAAAAUUCUAUCAACUUGUCUGGGUUAAUAGACGAACAGGUAACACAGUAAACGAGCUCACAGAUAACGGUUUUGUCGGGAACCUUAUCUGAAAGUGAGGGGAGGGUGAGUGGGGAAAGCGAGACUUUACCUGUUGAUAAAGCAAAAUCAGUGAAAGGAAUACUGUGGUCCUGUUGGUGCUCACAGAACUAACGUGGUCUUCAAUAUCAAGUUAUUAUAUCUGCUUCCAACAGACCGUGGCUUCUGGACUGGCGACAGGGAGGAUCAAAGAAAGGAGCUGUACAGACUGCCUGGACUGCAACAACAACAGCAACUAGCGAACAUGACCCACCGACUGAAGCUCUCUGUGGUGGUAUUGACCUCCAUACUUGUAAUCAAUGUCCCAGUGUCAUCAACCAAUGAGAUUACUUCAUUAGAAGCAUCAGGACCUUCAGUCACCUUUACCCCAUCGUCAGUUGGUGAUGAAGUGAAGGCCUCCCAGUUGCCUCUACGCUGUCAACAAGCGACACAUCUGGUGAUGAAGCUAUCGUUCUUCAAUCCUGUCAUCGUCAUCAAGUUCUGUUGAGACACCACUCUUUUCAAUGACUCCAUCUUUAUCGAGUGACUUUGAUGUUGGGGAAACAACAUUUUCAAUGACUCCAUUUUUAAAAGUUAUUCUGUUGUUGUGGAGACUGGUAGUCCUGUUACCUCGCCAUCAAGCCAGUCUGAUGGUCAGGACACUUCUGUCUCUGGUAUCCUGCCAUCAGCAAGCUCUACUGAUGGCCCUGUCGCCAUAUUGUCCAAGCGCCAUAUUGCUUCUUAGCUCAUCAUCUGCAAGUGACACUGAUUACGACAGCACUACUACUACUACUACCACUACUGAUGUAACAUCGUCACCAAGUUCUACUUACGAUAGCACUACCACUACUACUACGAAUAUAGCACCAUCACCAAGCAGUUAUACUUACGACAACACCAACACUGCCUCUAUAACACCGUCACCAAGCAGUUCAGUUCACGACAGCACUACCACUACCACUACCGCUACCGACAUAGCACCAACACCAAGCGGUUCAGUUUACGACAGCACUACCACUACCACUACCACUACCGAUAUAACACCAUCACAAAGCAGUUCAGCCUAUGACAGCACUACCACUACUACUACCACUACUACUACCGAUAUAACACCGUCACCAAGCAGUUCUACUUACGACAGCACUACCACUACCACUACCGAUAUAAUACCAUCACAAAGCAGUUCAGCCUAUGACAGCACUACCACUACCACUGCCACUACCGAUAUAACACCGUCACCAAGCAGUUCUACUUACGACAGCACUACCACUACCACUACCGACAUAGCACCAACACCAACCAGUUCAGUUUACGACAGCACCACCCCUGCAGCUACAACACCGUCAUCAAGCAUGACUGCUGACAUGACCACCAGCGGCCCAGCUACUCCGUCAUCAAGCAGUCAGUCCACAGUGACGUCUGCAGUCACCUCCACGUCACCAAGCACGUCACCACCAUCAUACCAGUAUCCCACGCAGGCCCCUGACCUCGAGGGCGCUCUGUUCAUAUUUACAUUCAGUAUUGAAGGUAAUCCAGCAAAUUUCUCCCUAAUCUGGAUAACAAAUCUGAAAGAAAAGAUUGGCGAUAUUUUCAGGAAAAAUGUAGUCGGAUUUGACGAAGUACGAAUACAGGGCAACCUCUACGAGAGAAAACGGCGCCACGCACGAAGCUCAGAGGGAAUAAACAUCGAAGCAAAGUUUAAGGCCAAAGACCUUUACAAAGUCGACAAGAAUGUCCUCCAGGAGAAUCUCAAGACAGCCAUGCAGAACUCGGAAAACAUUUUCAAGAACUAUAGUUACAACCUCGAUAUCAACCAAGAACAGAUCGCAUCGUUCGCAGCCUUGACGAGUGACGUGUGCAACAGCCAGAAAACCAAGGGACUCUGUGGAGUGGAGUACACCUGUAGUGGAGGCGUUUGCCAGCAUCUGUGUGAAGACACGUACUGCGGGGGCCACGGCCAGUGCUACGUCCACGUCUUCGACAACAAAGUGUCCACCAAAUGCCAGUGCACAUCGCAGAACCCGUUCAACUACGAGGGCGUUGCUUGCGAGCGCGCCGUCAUGAAGGAGCAGUACGUGGCGGCCAUUGCCGUCAGCGUCUUUGGUGUCCUGCUGCUGGUGCUGGUCGUGGUGGUGGUCUGCCUGUGUCGACAGGUCAACCGCAAGUCCGUGCGAUCACCUCGCGACGAGCUGAUUCCUCUGGACCAGACAGAGUCGUGGUCCUACAAAAGCCUUCCCACAAAGCACAACCCAGUGUACUCUAACCACGGCUACGAGCCUCACUACAUGGCCUACAGAGAAAUAGACCCUGCAGUGUACGACUUCCGUGCGUUGCCUAGAGACAGGUCACGUGACAGUUAUGACGUCAGGCUGCGCGAGGCGGAUUUGUCGUCAUUUCCUCAUCUCAGCAGUGAAAGAAAGUUUUCGAUAAAGAGACCUCAGGUGUCUUCUGAGCCUGCCAAUUCCGAGUGAAUGGGCUACACACGAGACUGAGGGAAAAUCUGUGACAACCCACCGACCGUUACAUUUAUGAUUGUCGGCAGUCUUCAAACUGACAAGAAGUGGUUUAUAGCUGAUUGUAAAAAUUCUCAGUUAGGUAAUCCAACUGAAACAUCAAGAUUUGUCCUUCGAGCCGUCACAUAUCCAAGUUGACUUUCUCAAAAGGAGAAUUGUAAAUAAUAUUACAUCUAAGGUUAUGAAAUCAGAAAGUAAAAACAAUUAAACACGAAAGAUGAUCUAUGGCAUAUUGGUGAUAUAUGUAUAUAUAUAGUCCAGUUCGUGAACUCGCCGCCAUCCGUCCAACACAGCUUUUUGGCGAGAGGCGAGGGUGGCGAUAUAAAGAGGGUGUAUGAUCCACAACUAGGGAAAGGGUGGUUGUAAGUUUGAUGGAAAUUUAUUGUCACAAAGUGUGGAGAGAGGUGAGGUUUACGAGAUAACGAGUUGAGACUAUUUAAAAUAUGAAAUAAAGCAAUAAAGAUUUUAUUUUUGAA